AUGGUUUGCUGUGGAGGUUCCUACGUAUCACCUAGAGAAUCACGAGAACCCAUAAGGUAUGACCCAACAUUCAACGGCCCCAUUCACAAUCGCUCCUGUACUGAUAUAUUAUGGCUGAUUGUAUUUGUGCUCUUCCUUGGAGGAUGGGGCUACGUUGGAUAUUACGGUUUGACACGAGGUAGCAUUGAAAAAAUAUUAGCACCAAUCGACUCAAAGGGCCGGCGAUGUGGGCUAGAUUCUGGACUCGAAGAAAAAAAAAUCUUAUGUUUUUCAACAUUGCCAAAUGUCUUUCUCCUGGCACUCCAAUUACUGGUUGUCCGACUACGCAGGUUUGCGUGGAAAAUUGUCCGGACAAUACAAUUAUUUUCGAAAAAGAAUUGA